AAAAUCCUGUCAUGGUGAAGAUCCAGACAAGAGGGAAGGAGUUUUGUGGGAGAAUCAUUCAAUCAAAGCUCAGAAACAGUCCUGAGGGAGAAGAAACAUUUGCUAGCAAGCAGGAGAUUUUGAUUUGGGAGAUUUAAGGAUGAGAAGACAGAAAAAGUGUUUUCAAAUUAAAAUGCAUUUUCUAAAGGAAAUAUAGCUAAUAGAUAAACAGAAAAAUAAACUUGAUUAAUAUUUAAUAUCUAUAAUUGAAGUUAAGAGUUAGUCACUUUCCUCAUAAAGAAAAAUCAGAUAUGUUGAAAAUUUGAUGUUAAAUCUGCCCUCAUCGUUUUUUUCUAGUUAUUAAUAAAACUAACUUCCUUCCUGAAUUUUCCAGAAUCAGAGACUUCAGUGAUGUUUCUGUUAACUUUCUGUUUCUAUGUUUCCAGUGUCUGAGCUCAGGGUGGUUCUGCUGGGAAGCAGCUGGUCCCAGAGGAGCUCAGUUGCACGCCUCAUACUGGGAGAGGAUUGUUUUAAAGAUGAAGCUCAGUGCUGUUUGAAAAUCAGUAGAAAAGUGAACAACAUGACAAUAACUGUGAUCAAUACUCCAGAUCUUCAGUUUCCAACAGCAAACAAAAUGACAGAGUUCAUUAAAGACUUUUCGAGGGUUUCUGCUCCUGGACCUCAUGUGUUCCUGUUGGUUGUAAAACCCGAAGACUUUACCAUGAAAGAGAAGAACAGGAUCUGCAUAAUCCUAGAAACGUUUAAUGAACAGUCAUUUGAUCAUUUACUUCUAUUGAUUUUAAAACCCAGACAGAACAUUUCAGGGCUAACGCUUCAAAUAAAGGAGAUAUUGGCAAAAUGUAGCAACAGAUACUUAAAGAUGGAGGACAUCAAGCAGUCAGAGCUGCUGACUUACUUACGAAAAAUCGUAAAACAGAACAACGGGGAGCAUGUGAGCUAUGAAGAGUAUGAAGAUGCAGAAUUUCAGAGUGAGAAAGAAAAGGCAGCGACAGGAUCUGAUGAUGCAGCUACUGCAUCUGGUUUUGGAAUUGUGCUUUUGGGGAAAAGUGAGAAAAAUAAAGCAAAACUUGGAAACUUCAUCCUUGGAGGGCAGGAAUUUCAUUAUCAAAAAUGUUUCCCAGCCAAACUUUGUGUGGUCUGCUGUGGAGAGUGGAGCGGAAAACCAUUCACUGUGGUAAAAACUCCCGACAUGUCCAAAAUGUCUAAGGAG